ACACGUCUUCUUUCCUCAUCACCUCGAGUCCUCCAUCACGCCUGCCCUUGCUCUAGGUAUUGCACCCGCACAGUCAUUUACUCCUCCCUCCUAGUCCGCGCUAGUGAAUAUCCCGCCUCGAAGGUGUUUCGAGAAGUAGCGCGGGAAAUCAUGGCUGACCCGCCCGGUAGUCUCGAAGACGAUACAGUAGUCGACGUAGCCGAUUCCCUCCCCACCGAUUCCCUUCCUACCGAUUCCCUCCCCGCCGAUGGCACAGCCGCUUCCGCCGACGCAGCGGCUGCUCCGGACGAGGAGUUCCCCGCAAUGGCGGAGUCGCGGCAAGCCGCGCACAAUGAGUCCCCCGCGAGGUGCAGGUGCACGCCGCGCUGCACGUCCGCGGACUGCGACCGCCUGCUGUGCCUGCCGGUGGACCCGAAACAGCAGCACCGGUGGCGGUGGGCGCUGGCCGCCAUUCUGCUGCUGUUCGUGGCGGGCGUCACGACGCUCGUCGUGCUCCUCUUCACGCUCAAACCCGCCCACUCCUCCUCCUCGCCCUCCCUUUCCGCCGCCGAGCCUGCGCCUGUCCUCGCCCCCCCCGCCCCCCUUCAGCCCAAGGACCCGAUCAUCUCCGCCAAUCACUCGUCCGCCAAUGACUCCUCCGCCCAGUCCCCUCCCCCGCAGAAUUCCUCCCUUCCGCCUGUGCUCAAUGCCCCCGCCCCCGCCCCCGCCCCCGCCUCGUCGUCCCCGCCGGAGGCGCAGGACGACCCGAUUCCCCCGCCCGAGGUGUGGGCGCUGACGCGCGCGUCGCAGGCGCGGUACGAGGGGCGCGAGUGGGAGUGGUGGCAGUUCAACUGGACGGCGCUGCAGGAGCAGAAGCAGAGCGAGCGAUACCACACGUGCGACACACAAGAGUACGACUAUCUGUACAUCCGACCCAACUUCACCAUGGUCACGUGGAAGGGAUGGGGCACCUCGCUCGCAUGGUGGGCCGCGCGGGCGGGCGCGUUGCCAUCGAGCUGCAUGGAGGCGCUGGUGGAGCUGGUGUUCGACGGGGACCGCGGGCUGGGGCUGUCCAUGGCGCGCUACGCCAUCCCCGGGGGCUUCAACGCGUCGCUGUCGCCCGCCAUCGCGCGCAGCCAGCGCCCGCUGCAGGCGUUCAAGGAGGGCCCCCUGGCGCCCUACAACUGGUCUGCGGACGCGGGGCAGCGCCGCGUGAUGCUGGCGGCCAAGCAGCUGGGCGUGCGGCACUUCGAGGCCAUCUCGUACAGCCCGCCCUGGUGGAUGACCGUCAGCGGGGACACGGCCGGCAACACCAACGGCGAGCCGAACCUGCUGGCGGAGCAGCGGGGGGCGUUCGUGCAGUACCUGGUGGACGUGGUGCGGCAGUACGCCACCGACCCCGCGUGGAACGUCACCUUCGCGCACAUCAACCCCUUCAACGAGGCGCUCGAGGGCUGGUGGCGCUCGGGCCGCGACAGGGAGGGGUGCUCCGUGAGCGUGAGCGACGUGGACGUGGUGGUGGCGCUGCUGGACGAGGCGCUGCAGGCCAGCGGCGUGGCGACGCGCAUCGCAGUGGCGGACUCGUGGGUGGCGUACACGCAGCGCAGCAUGCUGUCGGAGUACGAGGCGUUCCGACCCGAGACGUGGGCCAAGGUGGACCACAUCUGCGUGCACGGGUACCAGUCGAAGCACUUCCCCGAGUCGUGGCAGAUCGGGCUGCAGUACAGUGGCAUGCGCGAGGCGGCGGCCGCCUUGGGAAAGGAGGUGUGGCAGUCGGAGUGGGGGCCCAUCGACGUGUUUGGCACAGACAUGCAGCUGGCCAUGUACAUGGCGCGCACCGUGACCGAGCACAUCAACAUCCUGGGCGUCGCCGCCUGGUACUACUGGAUGGCCGUCGAGGGGCCCAACCGCGUGUGGGGACUCAUCCGGUGGAAGGGCGAGUGCAAGGACGGCGAGGGCGCGGACGGCAUGGACCUGAUGAUCAGCAAGCAGUACCACGUGAUGAAGCACUUCACGCGCGCUGUGCCGCCGGGGGCGCGCAUCGUGAAGAUGAGCCAGAAGUGCGAGCACGGGGUGGUGGCGGCGUACAGCCCCGAGCACCGGCGCGUGGCCAUGGUGGUGACGAACCAGUCGUUCAAGGACUUCCUCCUCACGCUCAGACUGCUCGACUUCAUCCCCGUGGACCCCGCCGUGCCAGUGCUGGUGCACGUGCACCGCACGUCUGUGAAGGAGGACUACGAGCUGAUCGACCAGAUGAACAUAGCCGUGCCGGGCAAUGGCACCACCAACGCCACUGACAUCACCAUCAAUUCCGUCCCAAUCUCCCUCACCACCGUCACGCUCUACGGUGUGGUCCUCUCAAAUGUCACCUACUACUAGACAUUUUUUAUGGUGCUGCUGGACAGGAGGCGGCAUAUGUCAAUACAUAUUGAAUAAUGAAACAUGUAGAAGCUGGCUCAUGCCUUGUGAGCUGGAUGAUGGGUUGUGUAGGGUUUUCUUCUCUAGGGGUGCCUUGACGGUUGUAACUAGCGUCCACGUAGGAUUCGAGUUUGCAAUAAUAAGCAUAUAAUUAGCCAAACAAAUCGU